AUGCUUAGGUCGGUUUAGUUGCUAAACGAAAAUGGGCCACCGUAGCGCGAUUUUCGUGAUUGGAAUCUUCCAAAUUGUUCUAGCCAGCGGUGCCUUCAUCAAUGGAACUGUUCCCCAGAACGGAACAGUUAUCACCAACAUCACCCAUGUGACUCAUGUGGUGCAUCAUGUCUACGAGCCGAUUCUUCCGAUUGGUUCUAGCAGUGGUGCCAGCAAUAAUACCAACGUGACCUUACCAGUUCCGCAUCAUGGUGGAAGCACAGCUGCCGUCCUGCCCCCUUUGGCCACAAUCACUACGGCUUCACCGGUAGCCUCGGGAAUUCCUCUGUACAAACAUCCGCAUUAUGACAGCGCGGGUCAGGCCUUGUGGUUCCCGAAGAUUAUUGGGGGUACUCCAGCUACCCGAGGGGAGUUUCCUUCCAAAGUUUCUUUGCAGUUGGCUACGAAUGGGGCCCAUUUCUGCGGAGGAACCCUGCUGACCUUGAAGCACGUGCUGACGGCAGCUCAUUGCGUAACCGAUGUUCACGGGGUUCCCUGGAGCGUUUCGAGGAUCCAAGCCAUGGCCGAUGAUCUGAACGUCCUGCCCAAGAUGGGAAGCCCCACGCGUCAAGUCCGACAGGUUAAGUCCCUAAACAUUCACGAACAGUACAACGCGAAGAGGCUGGAACACGACAUUGCGCUGCUGAAGUUGGUCUCCGAGUUUACACAAACCGACACCCUGUAUCCGGCAAAACGUGCUAGUUCUUCCCCAGCUGCCGGAAGCUUGUGUGCCCUCGCCGGAUGGGGCGUUACCUCGGAGCACUCGCAAACCGUUAGUCCGACGCUGCAGCGGGUCAACAUGGAGGUGGUGGCAUUCGAGCAGUGCAACAGCGCCUACGAGGGAACACUGAUUCGGGGCAUGAUGUGUGCCGCAGCUCCCGGAAGGGAUGCCUGCCAGGGCGAUUCAGGCGGGGCUUUGAUGUGCAAGAACAAAGUGGUUGGGGUCGUUAGUUUUGGAGCCGGAUGUGCCCAUCCAAAUUUCCCCAGCGUUCACGUCGAUGUGGUGCAUUACGAGAAGUGGAUCAGCAAGGCUUUGAAUGGAGCGGACAGAUUUGGUCAUUCGUUUGCAAUUCUGGCAGCACUGUUGUCGGUUGUUGCUAGCUUUGUUGUUUAUAGUUAGAUGGAUAAUAGCUCUUAAUAGUAAAAAUUUACAAACAUAAAAGAGUAGGAGCGUUUUUAGGAAAUCGUAUUCUUUGAUAUAAACUUUUCCAUAUCAACAAUUUCAAAAAUAAAUAUGUAAUUAGAUGAAACCUGUGUUUAAUUCCUAAAUAAACAUCAUUGACAAUCA